UCCCUCGUUCUCCUCCUCCCAUUCCUCCCACUCUCUUAUCCACACUACACAACACCAGAUGCCAGCGUUGGACAGGCAGGGGCGGUGGCGAAGGCCUCCGGCGGUCGGAGCAGGUCGCCGGGCGUGGGGAUGGUGAGCGGCAUGGCUAGGCUCCAGCGACCGCGGGCGUCUCCUCCACCGCAUCCCCACCAUGGAUGGCCGGCCCCGAACUCCUUCGACGCCGCAUCCCGUCCUUCGACGCCGCAUCCCGUCCUUCGACGCCGCAUCCCUGCCAUGGACAGCCGGCCCCUUAAAUCCUCCGACGCCGCAUCCUUGCAGGUCAUCCAACGUUGCAUCCCCUGCCAUGGACGGCCAGCCCCAAACUCCUCCGCCUGGGACUUCGGGUAGGCGGGAUGGGCUCGAGGCCGCGGUUGUGGCCGGAGGAGAUCCGGUGGUGCCUCGGUGGUAGCGGCAGCGAGGGCGUGGCACUGGCUAUAUGGGGCGCUCCAUGCGGGAUCCUUCCCGAGAGCGAGGGGCUGCUUAGGCUCUUCGGCUGGUCCCGCCGCUCAUGGAGCCGCCCGCCUCCGAGUCCUUGGUGGCACACUCCCCCUGCAUCACUUUCGGCAGCGGUGGGGACGGCGGGUCGCUGCCUGCUGACGGUGAUGUGGCGUACCUCGAUGACGGGCCGACGAGGACCCGAGCCGCCAUGCCAUUCAAGCCCUCUUCGGCUGCUCCGACCGCCUCGACCAAGCGGUCAUGGUCGCGGCGGCCGCCGCCCAGGUGAUCGCGCUUGUCGUCUACAUCUAGCUCUUGAGUGUGGCCAUCAACUCGCUCUCAUGGUCAUCAGCUAUCUGAACCAUCAAGCAGGAAAAAGGCCGGGCCCAGUUGGUGGGGGGAUGCUGGAGGUGUGUAGCGGCAGGGAGCGUCGCUGGCGUGCGAGAUUUGAUGCGCAUGAAGGGCUGCAGCUGGGAGCGGCGACUGCCCCUCCGACCGAGCUGUUCAAUGCCGCAGCGGGGGCCUACCUCGACGACAACGACGAACGGGCCAGUGCCAAGGGCAAGACCGACGUGCAGUACAUCAUCCUCGACAGGGUGCCAUCAGCAGCAUCGUCAGGAGGGGCAUGCUGGAUGAGCUCAAGAAGACCCUGGUCAGGAGGAGCAUCCAGAAAAAAGGCCCGUAGGGACGAUGGGAAGGAGAGCGUUCGGGCUGGGAGGCCUCUCCUCCCGAACGAUUUCAUUCGUACCAGGCGCCUGUCGCACCGAACUCCUCGUUGUCCCAGACCGAACGUUCGGUCCUUAUCUACGUGCAAAAACGCUGGGAUGAGGCCAGAGAGGGCUGACUUGGUGACGGAAAACCGGGGCGACCGAGAAAACCAGCAGCGAAAACAACAGCGUCCUCCUCGCUCUGCAACGGUCCACGACCCGACGCAUCGUCGUUUUGCUAGAAAUAAUACUAUACGUGGUAGGUAGCUGAAAAGUCCAUGGUUCUCUGCAUCUGCCAGAUCAGGGCAUGCAUGCUGGAUUGCUGGCCGUCGGCUUUCAGUUUCGGUGUUUCCUCCAAGAGAUUCAGUACGUAGUCUGUAUAGGAUGGCUGACCUGUCUGUCAGUUUUCAGUUUUAUUGUUGUCUCCAGAAGAUUCACAAGUCUAUAUAGAAUCUGAAUCUUUACUUUUUCUACAAAAAUGUGAAUCAUUACUCUCCCUAAAAAAU